AUGAAUAACUCUUAUUCGAAUGAAUGCUUGUUUUCCGAAAAUAUUGAUAUUUUGGAAGUAAGCCCUGAAAUAUCAUUAUUAUUUGAAAAAUGGGAGCUAUCGUCUGGUGCUAUAUGUAGACUUGUGAAUUUAAAAAUAAUUAGUAUCGAUAUUUUUAAAAUGAUGCAUUCUCAUGAUAUCGAUGAAAUUUUUAAUGACGAACAACUAUUGGUUGAUAAAAUAAGGUUUAGACACGGACUUUCACUGUGGCGUUUCGAAAAUAAUCUUGAUCCAAUCAUUUGUUGCCCAAAUUUUCAAGAAUCUCAAUAUAAUAACAGAAAAACGCUACCAUUAAAUAUAAUUAAUGAAAGCUGUAAUGUUCCAGUUAUCCAAUCUAAUAUAGAUAUAAAAAGUAUUCUUAUUAACACUGUGGCCGGUAAAGAUAUUAUUGAAAAAUAUAACACUACAAAAUAUUUAAGUGAUACUGAUCAAAAUGCUAUUGUCAAAAUAAUAGCUGACCAUUUUAUAUUAAAUACUAUAAAAAUGGAUCCAAAAGUAAUGAUAAAAAUUGCUCAGUCUAUUACAUACUUGUUUCCAACAGAAAAUGCAUUGACAUAUUUCGUUCCACGUACCAGUAAAAAAAACCCAUCUGGUAAAUUAUAUGAUAGAUAUUGCAACUGUUUGUAUAAGCGAAAAACUCUACCCGAUGAUCAUGUCAAGAAAAUCAAAAUUAAUGUUGAAGCUGAAAUUUCUGCAGAAAAUGGUGAUGUUGAAUUUGAGAAGAGAAAAAAAUGGCUUUAUUGGAACACACCAAAUGAUAUAAUGACUCCGUGGAAGGAGACUUCAGUUAAACGAAUGAAGGAGCAUAAAGAAUCAAUACAGCAGUUUCUUGAUCAAUGGGCGAGAUACGGCGAUUGUAAUGGUCACGAGUUAAUUGAUAUUGACUUUUCAACCCUCUAUCCUGGCAAAGAAAUGAUAAUGUUUGAAAAAAUAGAGGACUUGGUGCAGAAAGUGACUAAACUAUUUUUUCCGUCGUCUAUAAAAGAUAAACUAAAUCAGCAAUAUUUUGAAAAAAUGAAAGUAGCAAGUGAUAUAAAUUGCAAGCACUUUUAUUUUUUCAACUUACUACAUGCUAUUAUUUUACCUCCACGGAUCAGUAAAAUAAGUAAGCCAUCUAUAACGGACGCGCAAGAAGAUAUGAUAACACAUAUUUUUAAUAUUAAUAAUUAUCAACAAAAAGUGGAUGAACUCAAGGAGUUAGCCUUAAGAGAAGGACUAACGUUUCAGCCGAAGGUUUUUGUUGUUGGUAAUUCUCCAGAAACUUUAAAAGAAUUUUAUAUGAAUUUAAAUAAUAUUCAGUAUAAAUUUAGGAAUCAUAUUCGAAGACAUGAUGUCAAUUCACCUCUUGAUAUAAGUUGUAUUUCAUUGCCAAAAACUUUAAGAACUAAUGAACUUGAAAGCCUAGCUAAAAAUUCAAUAAAUAAUGAAGAAGAGGAUAUUCAAGAUGACAGUAUCCAAACAACACCAACACUCAAAAAUCUAAAACCAAAAAUGCGACGAUUCGAACGUGCUAAUGUCAAGGACCAGGUAGCGGAUAGUCCCACCUUAUCGAAUACCGAACCAGGCGAUUCCGAAGAGGAGUGGCCACUACCGUUAGGAAAUGAACCGAUGGCAGCAAAUAGUAACCAACCAGUCAUACAAUCCGAAGGAGAGCCAAGACCACAAUCAAUGCCUAUACAACAAGCAAUAAAACGGCCACCAACCCGACCGAUGAACUGGAGGCCAAGAAAGUCAGCAAAGACAGCUCGAUCCACAACAAUACCCGUGCGGCCGAGUCCUAAAGUAUUUCGUCAACAACAGCAGCAAUAUCGCUCAGAACGGAAGCAAGAACCGGCUAAACCAGAGGUCAAAAUAGUACCACAGACGUCGUUCAGCUCCUCAGAAAAGUUAGCCACCUGUCCGUCAACAUCAUCCAUAGCAAAGUCACCAGUAAAACAGCAGUUUGAGGAACAAGCAGGGUCUGAGAAGUCAUCAACAAGAGCUUUAACACCAAAAAAGGCGCACUCACAAGUAAUAUUGACUGGCUGCCCACCAACACCACCCACAGCCAAGAGAAUCCUAGCACAGGCGUAUAACGACAAGUUAACUCCAACCCCCGGACCGGCCGUGAAGCAAUACCUACAACCCGAAGAGAUACAGGCUGUUCGUACCAAAAUACUACAGAGAGUGUUCAAUGAGGCACGCGAGUUAAAUUUGGAAAUUAUGUGA